UUCCCUUCUUCUGCCUCUAACACUCCGGGUCCCUGCUUGACGCUCCCACUCUCGCCUUCGCCAAGCUCCUCACCAUGAGCAGACAAGUCAGCAAGAUGUCCGGCGGAGGGAGCCAGGGAUUCUCGGGUCGCUCUGCUGUGGUCUCGGGCAGCAGCAGGAUGAGCAGUGUAGCCCGCUCCGGGGGAGCUAGCGGAGGGGCCUGUGGUUUCCGUGGUGGAGCGGGCGGCUUUGGCAGCCGCAGCCUCUACAACCUGGGCGGCAGCAAGAGCAUCUCCAUCAGCGUGGCAGCUGGUGGCUCCCGGGCUGGCGGCUUUGGAGGGCGGAGCAGCUGUGGCUUUGGGGGCAGCUAUGGAGGUGGCUUUGGGGGCGGCAGUGGUAUGGGUGGUGGCUUUGGAGGGGCUGGUGGCUUUGCUGGUGGCUUUGGAGGGGCUGGUGGCUUUGGUGGAGCUGGUGGCUUUGGAGGGGCUGGUGGCUUUGGUGGAGCGGGUGGCUUUGGUGGUCCUAGUGGCUUUGGUGGGCCUGGAGGCUUUGGUGGGCCUGGUGGCUUUGGCCCUGGUGGCUUCCCUGGCGGAAUCCAGGAAGUGACUGUCAACCAGAGCCUCCUGCAGCCCCUCAAUGUGGAGAUCGACCCCCAGAUUGGGCAAGUAAAGACCCAGGAGCGAGAGCAGAUCAAGACCCUCAACAACAAGUUCGCUUCCUUCAUUGACAAGGUACGGUUUCUGGAGCAGCAGAACAAAGUCCUGGAGACCAAGUGGAGCCUGCUCCAGCAGCAGGGCACCAAUUCCAUCACAGGCACCAACAACCUCGAGCCUCUUUUCGAGAACCACAUCAACUACUUGAGGAGUUACCUGGAUGGUAUUCUUGGGGAGAGAGGCCGUCUGGACUCGGAACUGAGGAACAUGCAGGACCUGGUGGAGGACUUCAAGAAGAAAUAUGAGGAUGAAAUCAAUAAACGCACGGUGGCUGAGAACGAGUUUGUGACCCUGAAGAAGGACGUGGACACCGCCUACAUGAACAAGCUCGAGCUUCAGGCCAAGGUGGACGCCCUGGUGGACGAGAUCAACUUCCUGAGGACCCUCUAUGAUGCGGAGUUGUCCCAGAUGCAGAGUCACGUCAGCGACACAUCUGUGGUGCUGUCCAUGGACAAUAACCGCUCCCUGGACCUGGACAGCAUCAUCACUGAGGUCCGUGCCCAGUACGAGGACAUUGCCCAGAGAAGCAAGGCUGAGGCUGAGGCGCUGUACCAGACCAAGUUGGGGGAGCUGCAGACCACGGCUGGCAGGCAUGGGGAUGACCUGAGAAGCACCAAGAGCGAGAUCGUCGAGCUCAACAGGAUGAUCCAGAGGCUGCGGGCGGAGAUUGAGAACGUCAAGAAGCAGAAUGCCAACCUGCAGACAGCCAUUGUGGAAGCCGAGCAGCGUGGGGAGUUGGCCCUCAAGGACGCCAACACCAAGCUCCAAGAGCUGCAGACCGCCCUGCAGCAUGCCAAGGAUGACCUGGCCCGGCUGCUGCGUGACUACCAGGAGCUGAUGAAUGUCAAACUGGCCCUGGACGUGGAGAUCGCCACCUACCGCAAGCUGCUGGAGGGCGAGGAAUACAGGAUGUCUGGAGAGUGCCCGAGUGCUGUUAGCAUCUCCGUGGUCAGCAGCAGCAGCAUGACUUCAGCCUCCGCGGGGGGUUAUAGCGGUGGCCUUGGUGGUGGCUUUGGCGGUGGCCUCGGCAGUGGCUCUGGUGGUGGCUUCGGUGGUGGCUUUGGCAUGGGCAGCGCUGCCGGCAGCGGCUUUGCUCGGGGAGGUGGUGGUGGCAUCGGCGGUGGCAGCGGGUUCAGCGGCAGCAGUGGUUUUAGCAGUGGCAGUGGCUUUGGUUCCGGCUCCGGGGGCCGCUAUGGAGUCAGUGGCGGAGGCUUCAGCUCGGUCAGCAGCCGGGGCGGCAGCAUUAAGUUCUCGCAGUCAUCCCAGUCUUCUCAGCGCUAUUCUAGAUAA